AUGUCCGGCGUAGGAUUUGACGAAAAGUCUUCUGAUAGACUAGAAGGAACUCGUUCUGUGGUCGGAGGCUUGAUCUUAAAACAAGGGAACAACAAGAAAACGAAUCAAUCACCCAAAGAAAGCGUCCUUGGUCUGCAAAAGCUGGCUGAAGAGAAAAGGAAGCGAAAGAUUGAAGAAGACUAUGACAAAACGAAACGAUUGAAGGAUGGAUCAUCAAAUUGUAGAGCAGAUGAAUGGGAAGAUGGAAGCGAUGAUUUGGGAGGUCGUGGGAGACUUAGUUCGGGAAGUGGAGAGUUAAAGUCGAAAUCUCGCCACUACAGAUCUAGUUUAGUGGAAACACCUUCACAUACAGGUGGUGUUAAUGAAGAAAUAAGGGAAAAACAAUUGAGAAGAUUAGAAAGGGAUAGAGAAACGAGGAGAGCUGGGGUGUAUGCUGAGUCAAGGGUCAAAGAGAGAAAGGACGCUGACCGAGAUGGCUAUAGACACCGAAAUGACAGUUAUGGUGAUCGGGAAAGACGAAAAUAUGAAAAAGGAGAGCGUAGUAGCCGUAGAUCUCAAAACUAUAAUGGAGAUAAAAGGGAUGAAUUUAGGGAGCCAAGAUCUCGCCGAAAUGAAUGGGAAGAAACGCCAUACAGGAGCAGUAAGUCUACAAGAGAUGAAGGUUACACUCCAAGACACAAGUCUAAGGGUAUGAUUAUCAUGCUGUGUCUAGCCUCAUCUGCAGAAUAUCCUGUCACUUCCAAGCUUUAUCUCUUAAAAGGCUGUUUCAUUUAAUAUCUGUACCCCCUGUUGGGGACUAAUGAAAUUCCUCUUGGGUAUCACGUGUUGUAAAAAUUAAGGAUUUCUUUGGGGGUAGAGUAAAAGAACAUGGAAGGCUUUAAUUUCCAUGAAAUUCUUCAAGGGCAGACCCAUAUAUAUCCUUCAGGAGGUAGACCCAUAUUUGAUAGAAGUCUUUAGGGGUGAAUAGAAUUUUAUUCAAUCUUCAGGGGUAAGAAGAAAAGAUAAGUCCUCAACAAGGGGUAUGGAUAUUAAAUGCAAUAUAUUUAGCCAAAAAAGCUUUGUAGGUGGAUGUGCAUUCAUUCUAUAAACCUAAUAUGUGCUUUAUAUGCUGUUCUAAGUGUAUAUCAAAGUGGAUUUGCUGUGACUAAUAAUUGAUUUAAAGGUUUUUUAUCAACCCGAUAGGUGGAUAUGUGGAUAUGUGGUGACAAAGUGGACUUGCAAUAAUUAAUGUAAUGAUCAUGUAAACACAUAUGGACCUACUUUUAGGAACCGCUUUAAAGUGACAAGGCAGUUAUUAACCUGAAUAAUACUUCUGUUAGAUAUUAGAACACCUUCACGGAGUAGUUGGGAUGAUGAGGAGUCGACACCCAGCAGGUCAAAAUGGGAAAUGCCAUCACCCGCCAGAUCUGUUAGUGAAGAUGUAAGGAGUGAAAGAAGGUGAGUCAGUGUAAAGUCAAAACUGCAUUGAGUGACCAUUAUAGUAAGAUGAGCUAAUUCGUAAUGGUAAAAGGACUGAGUGGAGUCCAAUUCGGUCUGUAAUCAUACGAGUUAUUUGUUUAAUCACGAGUAUGAUUACAGACUGAAUUGGACGACACAAAGUUCUGUUACCAAUUAAUCAUAACUUAAACAAAGUUUGUGAUAUGUAAGCCCUUUUUUUAAAUCAAAACAAGAAAUUCCGAUUUUUUUUUGCUAGUAGUGAAAAAAAAGCCAUUUAAGCGCACGCAUGAUGGCGCAUACUGUCCUAUUACUUAGGUAUGACGCGUACUGUCCUAUUAACUGUCCAAUUAAGGCUGAAAUCAGGGCAGUUGAUGGCCAAUCAGAUUUGACAAUUUUGUUAUAGUUAUGAUUAAUCACCGUUAUAAGGCUUUAAUAUAGCCCUUCACUUGGACAACUACAGCUUAGGCAAAUCUAUCAAUUUGUAUUUUUAUUUAUUAGCAAAGUCAACAAACUAAAUUGUCGUUAAAUAUAUUGUGCUUGAUAACUGUUGUUCUCCAUUGUAGAUCACAUCGUAGAGUUGAUGAUACACCUCGUUUUACUCCCACACAUAAAUACAAUGUUUGGGAAGAUGAUCGCCGCAAUACUGGUGCAACACCAAGAUUCUCCAAAGGAAAAAGUAAGGACUUGACUGGUAUCUUACACCAUUUUACAUACAGAAAGUUCUCAAAAAUGAUGAAAUUAUGUAUGUUGUGUUUAGUGUCACAACUUUCUGUGGGAAUAAAGUGCAAAAUAAUUUUUGGAUUAAGUACAGACUGUCACCUACAGUAUAUAACAGAUAGACUUCUUGAGAGGUAGUUACAUUGUAGCUCAGUCAGUCUCCUGUGGGGAAGGUAAGAGUAGUUUAUGAUGGGUUGUAUUGUGGUUCUUUAGGGCUAGGUUGGUAGUGAUUGGUCAAUUGUAUUAAGAAAUUAUGGUCACAUUCCACACAGCUAAAAAUGUACAAUGUGUUUUUAGGAUCUGAUGUUAGGCAUGAAUCACAAUUUCCAUCAGAUGUUGACAGGGAAGAGUGGGAAGAAGAGCAAAAGGUAAUUGUUACUUGUUCAAAAUCAAGUUUUAAACACGGCAUUUUAAAAGCUUGGUAUUUUAGCCAUGGUCCAGUCGUACCAUUAUGAAAGGUGGAUGUAUAAAAUUAUGUUGAACAUUAUGUAGUCGAUGUAAUAUUAAUAAUAAUAUUGUUAUUAUUAAUUUAUAUUAGUGCUAUUCAGCUAAUCUUCCAUAAUUGAGCCUAUUGUUGAGAAUCUUAGAUUCCUAUAAGAUAUUCAUGUAAUAUUAUUAUAUAAUGGAGUCUCUUUAAAUUUGUUGACUAUUACUAUAAUUGUCUUUACAUUUUAACAGAGACUUGACCGUGCCUGGUAUGACAUGGAUUCUGGUUACGAUGAAACACACAAUCCAUUUGCUGAUGUUAGUGAAGAGUACACUAAAAAGAAGGAAGAAAACAUGGCAAAGAAAGCAGUCAAAAGAAUGUCUGCUCAGCAGCGUCAGAUCAAUAAGGUAUAUACACAAAAAGUAACUAGUAUCAAAUAAUUUCAAUUGAACCCUUGUUUUCAUGGUCAUUGCUUUAUUAUUAUUAUUAUUAUUAUUAUUAUCAUUGUUAUUAUUGAUUAUUAAUUAUAUCUAUUUCCUCUUCUUUUAUGUAAGGUUAAGUUACUUCUAUUUUUUAGAAUUUGUAAAUGAAUAGUUUCUUUCUUCACUUAUUAUAUAUAGGUUUGUUUUUGUUCUCUAAUGAAGGCCGAGGGGUUUCUUUUGUAACGGAUGGAAUUGUAGAAAGUGUUUUGAUGAAUUAAUUAGAUUUUUUGUAACAGCAGGUUGUUUGUAAAUAGGAUUUUAAUUGAGGUUUUGUAAUAAAGAUUUUACUAUUUUAUUAUUAAUAAAAAAAAAUUGUUAUUAUUAGUAUUAUUAUUGAUGCUUUAUUACAACAACACAAAUGGUUCACAUGGUCAACGUACUUCGUUAUCCAGUUAUGAGGUCCCUGAUGUCUACAUGUACAUUCAACUUGAUGUUUUGACCAUUAUGAGUUGAAGUUAAUCUAACUUGGAUUUUUUUUUUCUUCAGGAUAAUGACUUGUGGGAGACUAACAGAAUGUUAACAAGUGGUGUAGUACAAAAAUUAGAGGUUGAUGAUGAUUUUGAAGAUGACCAAGAAGCCAAAGUCCAUUUGUUGGUACACAACAUUGUUCCACCCUUCCUGGAUGGGCGAAUUGUCUUCACGAAACAACCAGAACCUGUUAUUCCAGUCAAGGUAUUUGAAUAACCCAGUUUCUACAUUUACAAGUGUGGUGGAGGAGUUGAUGUCGGGACUACCAAGACUUCCUCAAAUACUCCUAGGGUCAGGGUGGGAUUUCAUCUUGGGACCUUCAGAUUUCAAGGCCAAUGCUCCAUUUGAUCGGCCAUGCAUGCUGCCACCUAGGCAUUAUCUCCAGGAGUAGGGUGAUGAAUUUUCAGUUUCUAAGAAAACAAAACUAACCUUGUCUUAUUGUUUGCAUGUUUGAUUGAAAGUUACAAUCAUACAUUUGUACAGAGUUACAUGUACAAUGUAACUGACCAAAUGUGUACACCUUUACUUAUUUGUAGGAUUCCACCUCUGACAUGGCUAUGAUUUCUAGAAAAGGCUGCCAUGUUGUACGCCUGCACAGAGAGCAGAAAGAACGACAGAAAGCUCAGCACAAGGAUUGGGAACUUGCUGGAACUAAACUGGGGAACAUUUUGGGAGUGAAAAAAGAACAAGAGGAGGUACCUUUACUUUUAUUGCAUGAGUAAGCUAAAGAUAGGAUACACAGUAUAUUUUGGCAGUUUUGCCUUGGCCAGCCCACACUUUUUGUGACUAUGUUACAGAACUCAAAAUUUAGGAUAAUCAACUCCAUAGCAAUGGUCCUUGCCUACAGAGGCAUUUUUCAAGUGGUUCCACCAUUCAGUUAAUGUGCUAAACAGUUGUAAUCUAAGUUGUAAACCAGAGGUUGGCUUUAUGGUGUUCCCCAUGUUUUUAUUCUAAAAUCUUAAUGUAUUAUUCCUUGACUACAGCCUCUUGCCGGCCAACUCUGAGUAAACUACUGGAAACCAUUGAAUAUUAAAAUCUUUUAGUGUGAGCGAGGAGCUAGGAGAGAUGGCUGUAUUUGCAGGCUAAUUCUAUAGUCAUCUUUUACAGUCACGUAAAUUGCGGUAGAUGGUGGGAACGUCUUACACCCAAAUGACCUUUUGGUUUUUGCUUGUUGUUUAAGGAUGAUAAAGGAGGUGAAGAAGAUUAUAAAGACAACCAAAAGUUUGCUGAACACAUGAAGGACAAGACUGAGGCGAGCAGUGAGUUUGCUGCUAAGAAAACGAUCAGAGAACAAAGGCAAUAUUUGCCCAUAUUUGCGAUAAGAGAGGAGGUAUGAUACGCUUUUUGCAUGAUUUUUCAGUUUUUCUACUCUUGUCUUCACGUUAUAAAAGGCUUGCUAACUAAUUUAAUGCCUCUUCUUUCGUUUAAUUCCAGCUGCUAAACAUUGUUAGGGAUAAUCAGGUUAUCAUUGUAGUGGGUGAAACUGGAUCCGGGAAAACAACACAACUCACUCAGGUGAGAAAGAAUUCUGUAAGUUCAAAGGUUGUGUGAUGAAUGAAUGAAUGAAUGAAUGAAGCCCUAUGGUUCUUUAUAAACACAGGCAACACGAACUCCAAGGGUGAGCGCCUAGUCUGCGCCUAUAAGAAGUAUCCUACAAUACAUUGUAUGUCUGCAUAAUUCACUUGCCCCAUAUUUCCAACUUUGCAGUAUAUGCAUGAAGAUGGCUACACGAAUUACGGUAUGAUAGGUUGCACUCAACCACGGCGAGUGGCAGCCAUGUCUGUUGCUAAACGUGUGAGCGAGGAGUUUGGAUGUAGACUUGGAGAAGAAGUUGGUUACGCCAUUCGGUUCGAAGAUGUUACUUCAGAGGUAAGGAAAACAACGUUAACCUUUUCUCCUGCGGUACCUGUUCUGUGUCGUUUGUCAUGGACUUUUGCCCUUUGCGCCUUAAACACCUUAGUUUCUCUAUGUCACAUAUAAGCAAACAGUCAGUACUGUCUGUAUUCCAUCUUGUUAUGAAAGAGUAUCGCAGAACUUUUAAGACUACUACAGCCCUUGACUGAGCACCAGGCUCAAGGUUCAAUUCGCCACUUUAGAACGAGAAAGGAACUGGAGCCGAAAUUGUGUCCCGCGAUUGUUUCUGGGAUUGUUAUUGGAAAUGCGCUGGUCAGCUAUUGGCCAAUGUUUUCCCUGUCCUUAGUAACAGUCCCAGAAGUCUUUGCUUGGCACAGUUUCCUUCCCGUUUCUAAAGUGACAAAUUGGCAGUCUUUUUUUAAUAAAGAAGGUUUUUUGUGAGGAGAAAUGUCAACCAGCCCAGUCCAAAAACUUUGCCGCUUGGAGUUGUUUAAAUAAUAUUUUACCACUUAAUGUGCGUGGCACAAAAGGAAGAAGUGAAGAUAAAAAAGAAACGUUUUUGCAAUGGUAGAAUAGCCAAAAGCAUUUUUUUCACUCUUGUCAACUUAGCAUUCCUCUUGCUACUAGGCUUGCUGUUAAAAAGUGUUGUACAUGUUAUUUUCAGAAAACUAUAAUCAAGUAUAUGACGGAUGGUAUUUUGCUUCGUGAGUCUCUCCGCGAGUCAGACCUUGAUCAUUACAGUGUUAUAAUUAUGGACGAGGCUCAUGAGAGAUCGCUAAACACUGACGUCCUCUUCGGUCUACUCAGAGAGGUAAAACAUGCUUCAUGUCAUUUGAUAGCUUGCCUAGCAAACGUUUCUUAUUUAGUUAUGCGGAAAGGUUGGAGCGAGUGCAAAAAAAUGGAAGAAGGGGGAGGGGAAUUUCUCCUCUUCCCCUUAUUGCUCUCAUCCCAACUUUUUGGAAGAACUCGUGCGGAAACGCUUGCGACGCAGGCUGGUCAUUUGCCCGCCAUAGUCUAUGGGAGGGUCAUAUCGCGAGUUUCUUAUUAUCCCACCCAGUUAGACCAACACUCAGCAUCAUACAUUUGUAGGUCGUAUAAGUUUUUCAAGUUGGAAGUCAUUUCUAUCUCUGUAUUUCGACGCUAUUUCAUAUUUUUGUAUGAUGAUAAAAAAAAAGGUAUUGACAACAGCAAUAACAACAACAACGACAACAUCUCAUAUUUAAACACUGUAAAAUUAACUUGCCGAAAAAACUUGUUUUUUUUUUCUCACAGGUCAUAUCUCGUCGAAGAGAUAUGAAACUCAUUGUGACAUCAGCAACAAUGGAUGCACAAAAAUUCGCCGACUUCUUUGGUAACGUUCCAACUUUCCAGGUAAGGGUGAUAACUUUUGUUCGUAAUGGUGUCCAACUGGAGUGGGUAAAAAAGUUCGUCAGUGUUUUGUGUCUUGAGACUUCACGUGCAUCUAUGUUUGUUUGUUUGUUUGAUUCAUGUUUUGAUUCAUUCAGUUGUUUUUUGGUGGUUACGACAAAAGGGUUUUCUUGCCAGCCGAGCUUGCAAAAAAAGGCAAAAGAUUCUCAAACCAUGAAUUGAUGAGGGUGGCUUUUACCCCAGGCUAUAGUCACACUAUACCUGAUAGCUACAGUCCUGGACAAAACUACUUGAGAAAAUGUUUUCAUUAAUGCGCACUACCUAACGCAACAAAACUAUUUCCAAAUCAACGGUUUUGCGUAAAGAACCCCCCCCCCCCCCCAGUUCAAAGUUGCUUCCUACAAAUACUUAGGGAUCCGGCUUUCUUUUGAAGACCCAACAACACUGCUUCCAGGGGGAGGGGGAGAGGGAAGAAUCGGUCGGCUACGAAGUUUAGAAAAAAUGCCCCCCCAAGAAUGCAAUUUUCUCAACAGUUUUGUCCAAGACUGUAGCUCUCACACGGGAACGAAAACCUUACCGGAUAGGGCUUCUGUUUACACAUAAGAACGGUGAUUUCGGCGCGAUUUCUGUAACGAAGGGAAGCUGUACCGCGCUGAUCUCAAAAAUGGAGCAUCGCAUAUUGGAUAAAUUCGGUGCCAUAUUUAAGUACAGUGUGAACAGGUAUUGGGACCGUACCGGGAGUGAAUAAACAGAAGCAAGAACUGGAAUCCACUGAGAAGGCAGAAAAUAUUCAGGAGUGAGGACGCCAUCCGCUCCGGCACAAUGUUAAAAGUGUGUGAACGACUUCUUCCAGUUCUGUGCUGGUACCUUUUCGUGUCAGCACGAAAAGCUGUCGAUAUAGUGUGAACUUAUCCUUGGAAUACCAGGUUUCGGACAUGGCUUCGUCUCUUUGUUAUCUUGCGUUUUCAAUAUGCUCUGUUUGCAUUCUUCUGCUCGGUUGUGAAGAAGCGUUGCGCCCUUGCAGUCUUAUUUGGCAAACAAAUGAAUUCUAGCCACUGCACUAGAAGAAUACUUAUCAAGCACUAUGAUUUACACCUUUCCAGUUCAGAAUUAACCAUAGUUACUAACUAUGAACAUUAUCCUCACUACUGGGUAACUGUUCUUAUUUUCAGAUUCCGGGCCGAACAUUUCCUGUGGAUAUAUUUUUCAGCAAGAAUGUAGUGGAAGAUUAUGUGGAUGGUGCUGUUAAGCAGGCUUUACAGAUUCAUCUCACGCCAGCUAAAGGUAUACAGCUCUUGCCUAGGACGUCAGUUAUUCAACAUUUCGAUUCUUGCGAUCUGAUAUGAAAUGAGAGCGCGAAAACGCCCGAAAGGUAGACCUGCUCGCGCCACUGGCACUGACCAUGUCAUCAUUGCUUAAUCUGCUUUUCAAUGGACUUAAAGCCAAUACGGGGAAAUACCAAAGAAGACGUCAUACUCGUGCAUGCUUUCCACGAUGGUAUAGUGAUACUCGUACACCUAAAAAAUCAGUUGUGUAGGAGCUGCUCGUAAGGUGAAGGUCUCUCCUGAUUGGUCGGAGAAAACAAUGAUGUGUCAGUAUUGUUUGGGGUCAUGGUUAGGCCACUUCCGAGCAGCUGCUAUACAUGACCCUAAAAAAUAUGACUACAACACUUGAUUUCUCCGUUGUUUUUCCGUUUGUACUGCCCCAAACAAUGCUGACUAAUAAUUAUUUUUCGGAAAUAAAGGAAAGAUCAACAUCUCCAAGGAUCAAUGGUGCCAUCGUUUGUUACAUACUGUAUGUGUUUCUUUUUUUAUUUCCCAGGUGAUAUUUUAAUCUUUAUGCCUGGUCAGGAGGAUAUUGAAGUCACUUGUGACCUUAUUACAGGUUAGUACAAGAAACAGUAUUAAAACACAUGUCGCUACGUAUAAAAAUACGGGGGGAGGGGGUUGUUUUAUUUAUUAAUAACGUUAUCCUUACCUGUUUAUUCCUUUAGAGCGUCUUAACGAGAUAGACGAGGCACCUCCCUUGGCAGUGUUACCCAUUUAUUCACAGUUGCCAUCUGAUUUACAAGCCAAGAUAUUUCAGAAAGCCCCGGAUGGAGUCAGGAAAUGCAUCGUUGCAACCAACAUCGCAGAAACUUCCCUUACGGGUGCGGAAAAUCCUUUUGUGGAGAUAACCUUAGUGUACAACAUGUGCAAGAAUUGUCGAAUAGUUUACAAUUUAAAGUUCUUUUUUUAUUGCUAAUAUCUUGUUUUUUGUUUGUCUUUUUUAGUUGACGGCAUUAUGUUCGUUGUGGACUCUGGAUACUGUAAACUGAAAGUUUUUAAUCCCAAGAUCGGCAUGGAUGCACUACAAGUCUAUCCCAUCAGCCAGGUAGAUAAAAACGAUAUUUUUCAAUUUGUGUCCCACUGUGACCUAAAAAUUACUUUUCUUGAACUGUACGAAGGCACGGGAUGUUGUAAACUCGCAAUACUUUUUUGUCGUCGGUGUCUUAAUAAAGCGUAAAUAACUGUCAUUCAGACACGUUUUCGCUAGGAAAAAUUCCUAGGAGAUUGACCGGCGUUGUCCUGAUUUGCGUAAGUGUAGCAAAAAGUCGUAGGACAACAGUCAACGUUUAUUAAGUUGCUUGUGCGGGUAGCUAUAACACAUUUUAUCAUUCCAUUCUCUUUUUUGUUGUCAGGCCAACGCAAAUCAGAGAUCUGGUCGUGCUGGAAGAACUGGACCUGGGUACCGACCUUUUUAACGUUUUGUUGUUGUUGUUGUUUUUUUUUUUUCAUUUUUUAUUUUGUAGAACACUCAACUUACUCACUUAUAGUGGGGACAUAAAUAAAACGAGCAAAGCGAAAAUAGGACGCGCCUUCUCUCUUCAGCACCCGCGCGUUUUUCGCAUCAUUUUUUACCGAACGACUGCACCACUAUCUUGGAGCCUGGAACAGACUAACUCACUUAUGAGAUGUUGGCCGAAUGCUUGAAGGGAAAAACUAUAUUUCCGCUCGUCCAUGCCUCAUUUGCCUCCUAUUCAUUCAAAGUUAGGCCUCAUUUAGAUGGAAAAAAGUUGUCUCCGCGGUAAAGAGGGUCAGCUUGAGCGAGAAUUUAUAUGGGAGAAAAGUUGACUCCUUUGCCAUUGAAAACAGCGCUCGCGCAUGCUCUGACUAUCUCACCGUGACCGAGUUGCUUGGGCUGGGUGAGUCAAAGUAUCAGGGACCUUAAGCAACGACGACGACGGUUGUGAAAUCAUCACUAAAAAUGAAUUUGCGUCCUUUCAAACUUUACUGCGUCUAUUUGGAACCGCUCAAUUCCUCAAAUGUAGGCGACUUUUCCUGGAGUUAAAUUCUUUAGGGCUUUAUUCAUGUUCAAAUAGAGAAGGGACAUUUUGUCGUUGUAUGUCCACGUCCUCCAUAAAACGUCGCAUUGGGAGGUUUCACGUCGUAUUCGUGCAGUGGACGUCAAAGAAGUGUACUAAAAAGCGUGAUGCACGUGCAGAGCAGUUGUUUUUCUCAUAAAACCAAUUGUUUUUUGACGUUGUUGCUGUUGUCGUCGUCGUGGCUUAAGGUCCCUACUAGCCCGGCUGAGAGGGUGACCCUACCGUCGCCUUCUAGGGGAGCAAACGUUUUGUUUCUGAUGUAAGCGGGUCGCUAAGUUUUUGUAAGGAAAUAUACUAAACUUUGGCUCCUCCAGGGUAGCUAAGAUAGGUGAGUGAACCAUUUAGCCGGGAAAAGUUUUCUCCAUACAAUCGGGUCCUUUUCCUUUCCUUACAGCAGACGCUUAUCUGAUCGUUUGUUCUUUGAUUUGUUUUGUUUUCAGCCAGUGCUUCCGUCUGUUUACCGAGAGUUCCUACAAAAAUGAGCUCUUGAUAUCCACAGUGCCAGAAAUUCAGCGAACAAACCUGGCCAAUGUGGUUCUCCUUCUCAAGUCACUGGGAGUGCAAAAUCUGCUGGAGUUUCAUUUUAUGGAUCCACCCCCUCAGGUACCCCAAUAUCCACAUACAAAUUCUCCAGACUGAUCUCCACACAUUUUCUCAGACUCAGUUGAGAGAAUCUGAUAAAAGAUCAAAGCAUUUCCCUGUUGAUAAAGUUAUUACUUUCCAUUCAUAUGCAAGGAAAAGUUCACGUUUAGCUGGUUCACUGAAAUAGAAGCCAUGUAGAUGUACAUAGCUUUUUAGCGCCGUAUAUGAUAGAUCUCAUUUGUUGAAGGUAUUGAAAAAUGAUAAUUGAGCUUAAAGAACUAUUCCUCGAUCAUAUUCAGCUAUUAUAAUGUCUUGUUGAUCGCUGAUUGACAAUCCUGUUUGUGGUGUAAUUUUACUAUUAUGUAGCUAAGCAUGCCGUAAUCAUUGCACUUCGAUAACUUUGCUUCUAAUUUGUACGUCGGUGACUUUGCAGGACAAUAUCUUAAACUCUAUGUAUCAGCUGUGGAUUCUGGGGGCCUUAGAUAAUACAGGAAGUCUAACCCCCCUGGGACGUCAGAUGGUAGAAUUCCCUCUGGACCCCGCCCUGUCCAAGAUGUUGAUUGUAGCCGUGGAUAUGGAAUGCAGCGACGAGUCACUGGUACGUAUUAUGAAGCUACGUGCAAACGGACGCAACAGCUCCCAAUAAUGUUAAGGGUCAUUGGCCAUCAAUGUUGCGUCCGUUUGCACGGCGUUAAAAGUUUGACCGGUUUCAAACUUUGCGCAACAACAUGCAGCAGGGUAACAUCCAACAAUGUUAAGAGUUGUUCGCCAACAAUGCUGCCUCUGUUUGCGCGGGGGCUUAACGAAGUAGAAAGCUUGGUCCUCACUGGCAUCAUAAGCCUGAGCAAAAAAACAUAUUUUUGGCGCAUACGAGAAAACCCAACCGAUGUGACCGGAAAAGAGAGUUUUCGUGCCGAAUUCCCUUGUUUAUUGUUAUUUCUACUGAUCUUUAGAACUUGUACACUUUUAUCCUCAUUCUUAAGUUGCAGCGGGCCUCACAAGCGUGCAAUUUUCUUAUGCUUGUGUCAGUAGUUAGUACUGGGCUUAUAAAUGGAACAUAUCAGGACUUGCGUGUAAACAACCGCCCCCUCCCCCUCCCCAGAGGGGAUGGCUGGACCUCUCUAAACAGGCCAUGAUGGGGUUAUUGAAUGUUGUUUUAUACGAUUCUCUACGUUUUUACUACCUCAUCGGCUCAUGAAAUAUUUUUGAUCUCGUUUUGCAGACUAUAGUAUCCAUGCUGUCAGUUCCAGCCAUAUUUUUCCGCCCAAAAGGAAGAGAAGAGGAAAGUGACGCAGCGAGGGAGAAAUUUGCGGUGCCUGAAAGUGAUCAUUUGACGUUCCUUAAUGUCUAUAUACAAUGGAAAAGCAACAAGUAAGUCAUACACUGUUUGGAUCACCGGUAGCCUUGGAUUGCUCGACUGAAAUUCCCGGUAACUUUUCAGUCCCGAAAUCAAAUAUUCAAAUCAAAAUCUGCGUGGGUCCUGGAGAACAAACCAGUCCAAUUUUGUUUUGUUAACUGUAGUUUGAUCAUGUUAUUGCAAAACCAUUGAAACCUCGAUUUGGGCUCAUUAAUUAUCGGGACUUUCGAUAACCGUGACCCAGCUCACCUGAUCUGUUAAGAUUAAACUAGUUUCAAAAUACCCCUUUCUUAGCUUGUGGAAAAAUCAUUUAGUAACCCUCAGACGUCCCCCUCCGAGGUUUUUCUGAGUUUUUUCCUAGACGAUCAAACAUCAGUACCUAACAUUUUCAGUAGCUGUUCGUUUAUCCCUCGCGCGAAUUUUGAGACCUGUUAAGUGAUGGCCAAGCCACUUUUGUGUGAAAAUACAUGUUUCUUCGACUUCUUUCAACGAUAAAAGUAAAGCUUGUGCAUAAAAUGAUGCGUAGUACUUAUUUAUGUGUUGUUUUACAUGUCGAACACAAGAAAUUACGAAUUCUGGCCGUCUUUACCUGCAUUAGAACAAGUUUAGGACUGGGACACAUUUCUUAGGGCUCUGUUUGACUUCCCUGGAUGGUGCCCUAGCUUAACUAUCCUAAACUGAAAUGUUGGAUUCUUUUGUUUAUUGUUUUUAUUUAGUUACUCUGCCCAGUGGUGUAAUGAACACUUUAUACACAUCAAAGCCAUGCGGAAGGUAUGUAUCAAUUUAUCAUAUUUCUGCUCAAAAGGUGUGGUUAGUGUACCCUCUAAGGAGAAUUUGCUUUAAGGAGGCUCUGAUCUGUAAAUGUUUCUCCAGCGUUUUCCUUUAAGGUUUUAGGGAAGCAAAAGUGAUCUGACUACUUAGUAGUGUUUAAAAUGAUUUGACGACAUUAUCAUGAUGAUGACUGCGAGCGAUAAUAAUAACGAUGGCGACGUUUCAAUUGUAUUACGUUGGGAAUUACCAGCUUAAGCCGCCUCAUGCAAAGGGACGCAACACUGUUGGCCAACAACUCCCAACAUUGUUGCGUCCUUUUGCACACCCUGCUGUAUGUUGUUUCAUGUUCUUAAGUGUUGUUGAGAGUUGUUGCGCAAAGUCUGAAACCAGUGAAACUUUUGAGAUAUGUCCAAGUUUGCACGCAGUAGCAAAAAUUGCAAGUGCAGACUUGGACAUAAGUGGUUUUCUAACUGAGACUCAUGCAAUUGAAACUGCUUUCUUUUAUUUUUAGGUUCGAGAGGUUCGUGGGCAGUUAAAGGAUAUCAUGGUUCAACAAAAAAUGCCCAUUAAAUCUUGUGGAAAUGACUGGGAUGUCUUAAGAAAAUGCAUCUGCUCCUCGUACUUCCACCAAGCUGCCAGACUGAAGGUUAUUUAUUUAAUAUUUAUUUAUUUAAAUAAGCUACAAAGGGUACUGCUUUGAAAUCGUAGUGCCGCAUAUCCAUGACAUGUUCUUUUUUUCUUGACCUUAAAGACGCUGUCUCGUGAACUAGCGCCAAUUCAGCUACAAAAGGACGGUUAAUCGAAGGUUUCAAACGACAAAGCAAAUACAAACGAAGACUCGUUAAAAAGUAAAAGCAAAGUCACGUACCAGAGUGCCAUAAACUGAAAGGCCUUUUCAAAAUUUCAAAAAAGUUGUCUUAAGAUUCGUUCACAUUUCCCAUGCUACUAACCCCUUACCUACACUCAGCUCCAAUUAAAGUAAAAUGUAAUGCAACUUCUAGAAGGUCCUCGUUUUACUUUCUUGUGGUGGGUUUAAAUCUCUUGCCCCAAUAACUCUCAUUUAUUUGUGUUGUAGGGUAUCGGAGAGUAUGUAAACAUGAGGACAGGAAUGCCAUGUCAUCUUCACCCAACCAGUGCUUUGUUCGGCAUGGGAUACACUCCAGAUUACAUUGUCUAUCAUGAGUUAGUGAUGACCUCCAAGGUAAGAAACCUGUUGGAAACUUGUGGCCACCAGUGGUAAAAAAUACACUUGGCGUACGGACAAUAGUUGCCAUAUGGCGGCUAGUGUGCUCUGAAAUAAGUAAUUUGAUACACACACCAGUGGUUAGCUCAAAAACUUUGCUCCUCUGUCCACCGUGUACUUCCCUCGAAGGCAUUUACCUCUGUCUUUUUUCCCUUUCUUGUUGUUCUGUUCCUAUGCCUUGAUAUCUUCGCAAUAUAAAUAUUAUAUAAAGUGUGAAUAAACAGCUAAAACUGAACAAUGUGGGUAGCUGGCUAGGAAAAAAGGUACUGGUAAGUAGUAGCUCAUAUGAUCAGUAUUGCGUCAGUCCAUACGGUGGAGCUCCUGGUUGCUCAACAUUCGUGCAUUACUAUAUACAGUGGAACCUCGAUAUAACGAAGGGGCUGGUAAAAUAUGUUCUCUGUAACGGGGUUUCCUUAUAUUGAGGUUUUUUUUCCAGAUAUUUUACUAUUACUAGAGCGAAAGUAUCGUUCGUUAUGCCAAGUAUUUCGUUAUAAUCGAGGUUCCAGGAUAACAGAAAUUGAAGAUUUCGAUUGUUGUUGAUUAGGGAAUGUGCUAAGGGCAAUUUUUUUUACUGAUCAAUAAACAGGAAUACAUGCAGUGUGUUACUGCUGUUGAUGGUUACUGGCUUGCAGAACUCGGACCCAUGUUUUAUACUGUCAAAGAAUCCACCAAAACACGGCUGGUGAGUGGUAUUUGAGGUUAAGGACGUUAAGCAUCACGUUUACGUCAAACGGCAAACUCGAAUUUGUAUCACGUGACCAAGGUUCCCUUUGCUUGUGGCCUACUGUUCGUUAUUUGUACACAUAAAUUAGUAGUUUCACGCAAUUUUUUAUCCAUAAGAGUUUUCUGAGCCGUUUUAUAAUCUUCUCUUUUCUAUUUUGCGAAAUUCCCAACUUGAAUCUGACGUUUGCCUUUUACUGUAUACGUGAAGCUUAAACUCUUUAUUAGUGUUGUUGAGAAUCCCUUUGAAAAUAAGGCUUACAUCUUAGAAAAUGCUUCACCUUUGCUAUUUACCCAUCGUCUCGCGGACUAUGUCGUAAUUAAAAAAGUUAAAUCUCGAGAAGAGGUCGCGGCCUUAAUUUUACCACCAGAAUAGUAUCAACAACAGACAGUUCUUGAAGAUAGAGCUUUAAGAAGGUAUCUUGGUGACAAGAUGAUAGAAGACAAGCAAGCCACUGGUAUAAGUAAAAUCAGACCCGGCCUUUGUAGCUCUGAGUGGCCAUGUUCUAGCAUUUCAAAAGGGAAGCCCAGGUUGAUACUCAUUUUCUCUUUACGAAUCAUGGCGUUAGAUACUACAGAAUACCGACAGAUUAUCCUGCUGACGCAAUAGGAGCACUGGCGCCGAGAGGCGUCUUUUCUAGUCUCCUCUCGGCUUGCAUUUUUAUAAAUUUUACUCAAACAAAUUAACCUUGGUAAGCUUUAAAAGACAUCAACUUUCCUUCUUUUAUUAAUGUCAUUUCUGUUUUCGUUUGUAGGAGAAAAGAAAGCGUGCUAGGGAAGAUUUAUCAGCUAUGGAAGAAGAGAUGGCAGCCGCAAGUGCGCAGAUAAAAGCUAGAGAGGAAGAAAAACUUGCUAAAGUCACUCCUUCAGUAAGGUCAGUAAAUUGCAUUUAGUCUUUUAAUUUCUCUGAGACGAAUUGUUCUCUCCUGUUUUAACCCUUCCUAUCUAUAAAGUGGUAGUAGAAUUUACCAAAUUUGAGAAUUGUAGUAGCAAAUUUUGCAAGUGUUCGAUUAAAACAAUUGUACUUCUUAGCCUUCAAAGUUACUACUGAGUGUUAAUAGACUUGCUUGCGAAUUCGCGAGUCUUUUGAAGUCUACUGUAAAGAGUCACAUUUCAUAGUUUAGAAAUUUAAGCUUUAAACUAACGUACUGCAUUUCAUUUUUGGCUUUCAAUCACAGGUCUCAAAUUGUUACACCAGGACGUAAAGCCCCUGCAACUCCACGCCGUACCCCUUUCAGAUUUGGUUUAUAACUUCAAUUCAAAUACAUACCUCGCUGCAGACUAUCACUUUACUCUGCCACACAAAGUGGCGCUAACAGUGCGUCCCGGAACCUGCUCACUAUAUUUUCUAUGACUGUACUUAUUUUGUUUGUACUUAUGGUAAGCGAUAGUUUUAGCGCAGAAACUAUUUGGCUUUUAACAGAAUCA